AUGGGCCAUGACACUGAAGACUGCAUGACGCUCAAGGACCGAAUAGAGGAGCUCAUCCAGGCUGGACAUUUGAAACAAUACAUAAGAAACCACCAGAACGAAACCGUCUCUGCCGGACGUCCACCCCCGAGGGAAAAGAGUUCGAGGUCAUUAUCGGACAGGGGACAUAGAGAUGCCCGUCCACGAUACCCACGCGGGAACGUCGAACGGGAAAGGAGUUCAGAGAGACGAAGAGAAAGAAGCAGGAGUCGCAGCAGAAGCCGCGCGGGCGGUAACGCGGGACCGCUACGGAGGAUGAUUAACACGAUCUCUGGCGGAUUUGCGGGAGGAGGAACGUCGUCAUCGGCACGAAAGAGGAGCAUCCGCCAUCUGCGGUCCAUACACGCCGUCGACGUUCCUAAGCGGACGAUGCCCCCCAUCACAUUUUCUGACGCAGAUUUUCAUGCACCGGAUCCGGAGCAGGAUGACCCGAUGGUCAUCACAGUUGAAAUCGCGAGGUACGGGCUGGUAGGUUUUGCAGGUGAGCGGGUCGAUACCAAAGGUUAUCUGGACCUCUGGACGCGUAUCGGCGCCGGCCGCGAAACCGAUGAGAAGAAGGUACGAUACCUGUUGGUAGACGCUAAUACGUCUUACAACGUCCUUAUAGGACGACCGUGCUUGAACUCCUUCGGGGCCACCAUUUCCACCCCCACCUGA